AUGCACCCUCCAAAUGGUUCACUCACAACACAACAAUCCGAGGCCGUAGACUCUUCACCACUCCUAACUCAUUCAAUAGCCAACCACCUCCUCCGGAGCCGCCGUCUGUUACGCCGUCCACCACAACUUCGCGGUGCUGCUGCCCGUAUACUCCGUCGGGCUAGCAGCCGCCGAAUGAUGCUCCGAGAACCCUCUGUUCGUGUUCGUGAAAAUGCAGCAGAGCAGCUCGAAGAGAGGCAAAGUGACUGGGGAUACUCGAAGCCGGUAGUUGUUAUUGAUGUUCUGUGGAAUUUGGCGUUUGUGAUAAUAGCUGUUGGUGUUUUGGGGUUAAGUUUGGAGGAGAAACCAAAUGUGCCUUUAAGAGAGUGGAUUGCUGCGUAUAUUUUGUUGUGUUCGUGUCAUGUUGUCUGUGUUGUUGUUGAAUACAGAACGAGAAGUAAUUCGGGGUUUAGAGAGAGUGGGAUUUUGAGUUCUGGGUCAGGGAAUUCUUUGGAUUUUGAGACUCAACAAAGUGGAAAUGAUGGUGAAAAUACGAGUGUUGCCAAGCGUGUGGAAUCUGCAAGUGCGACAUUUUCAAUUAUUUGGUGGAUUAUCGGAUUCUACUGGGUUACUACUGCUGGUCGCCAUAAUUUGGCAGAGGAUUCACCUCAGCUUUACUGGCUUUGUAUUACAUUUCUUGCUGUUGACGCGCUCUUUUUAAUUAUUUGCAUUGCCGUUGCAUGCCUCAUUGGUAUUGCUGUUUGCUGCUGCCUUCCAUGUAUAAUUGGCAUCUUAUAUGCUAUGGCAGACCAGGAAGGAGCAAGUAGAGAAGAGAUUGAUCAAUUGCUAAAAUACAAGUUUCACAGGACAGGGGAUUAUGAGAAUGUUAAUGGUGAAAUUCAGGAAUCUUUUGGAGGGAUGAUGACUGAAUGUGACACAGACACCCCCAUUGAACGUUCUCUCUCCCAUGAAGAUGCAGAAUGUUGCAUUUGCCUUUCUGCCUAUGAAGAUGGAAGUGAACUGCGUGAACUUCCUUGCAAUCACCAUUUCCAUUGUAUGUGCAUAGACAAAUGGCUUUGCAUCAAUGCAACCUGCCCUCUCUGCAAGUUCAACAUUCUCAAGGCUGACAGUCAAAGUGGUAGUGAAGAAGCAUAG